CGAGCAGUUGCUGGUCCGUAACGUGUUUUUCUCUUCCAGCAGGGAGCGACGUUGAACCCCCCCGUAGAACCAGGCGCCUGGAGUGUGAGUGCAAAAAUUACAUAAAACACUAAAAAUCGGUUUUGGGUAUUGCUGCGGUUUGUCCCCGUCGGUGGAAGUCGUCGCGGCUAACGUGCGUGUUACGGAUUGACCUCGUGGAACCUGCUUUUGGGGGAGACUGUGACCGCGGAACAUUCCGCAGAACGGAACCACAUUCCGUCGUACUCGGAACACACGGAUAUUGGUUGUGGCACCGGGAAAGGACAACUGGCUGCUGCUGAAUAGAGAGCUUCUCGAUCGAUAGCCGUUCUGUGCUGUGUGUGUGUGUGUUUGUGCCCGUGUGUGUAUGUUUGGAACUGCUGGAGACUACCCCACGGCAGCGGUGACGUGCUCCGGUGUUGAAGGAACAAUCGAGUUGGGAUCGUUUGAGGUGUGGAGCAGGGAUUGAAGGACCCCGUAAAUUUUAAAAAGUGUGCGUGGAAGAGCGCUCUGGACAUAGUUCGUGGCCGUGGAAGAAGCAAAAUGUUGGACUCCUGAUGAUACCUGAUUUCUAUUUCUCGAACGCGCUCGGCCCUUCCCCCCUUUUAUUCGUGUGUCUGCUAGUUCUUGUUCUUCCUGUGUCGCGUUCCGCGUGUGAAGGCGAUUCUACGUGAAAUCGAGAAUUAUUAGCGUGUGAGCUGCUCCACAUGAAUCUCUGAAAAGGGCCACCAUCCACCACAGAACGAGAGCGACGAGACAGCUGAGAGAAACGGUGGAGAGCGCGAGCGAGCGAGCAAGCAAACCGGAGAACCUACACGUUUCGUGGACCGUGCCUACAACUCACACAGCCUACAACCAAUUCGAUGUGAAGGAAUUUUCACACCGAAAUCUUUCCGUUUUGUCGACCGCCAGUGCACACUGCGGCAGUGAAACGACGACCCUCUUUGGAACACGGUCAUCACCGGAGGAGCGAUAGUCGAUUGCGGGACGAACGAUUUCCCCGGGGGUAGGAUAUUUCACCGUUUUGAGACAUCCGGCAAGGGGUGCAGGAUUCAUUGAGAUCUGCUGGUUAGGCGAGAGAAGAGGAUAAAAGUAGGGAAGAAACGACACCAGAUUCUGCAGGAAGUUCCGAAAUGUCCUCGUCCUCGUCGUCGUCGUCUUCGCCAGUGCGGUACGGAUAGAGCAAAAGAGGGCCCCCCGAAAAAAAAGAAAGGAAAAGAGUGAGCACACGCGAGAGUGUUGUACGGCGAGAGCGAGCAGCAGUCGUUUUUGGGGAACGUCACGUCACAUACGUCAGAUUGCUGCGGAAGAUUCCCCACUCGAUUGUGGGUCGAGGUGGGCCGUGCAAGUGUUCUGAAAGUGACCCCAAGUGCGGUGCGGUGUUCCUCGGGUGUAAUCGAACUGACUCCGGCGCUCCGCGGGUGAAGAUCUUGAAGGUGGGGUGUCCCCAACCCGGUGGAAACACGGUCAAAUUUUCCCACGAAAACUCCAGCAAGAGCAGCCCCUCGCAAGAGAGCGAACCUUCCGUCCGCGGUUGUGUGUGAUAGUGUGUGUUGUGUGGAACCGAGGAUCUGCUGUAUGGUGGCCACACGAAAAAGGGAAGAAGGAAAAGUUUGCGUUUUGUCCCAAAGAAGAAAAAAAACGGAAAGAAGAAAUAUUUGGCAAUUUUCUUCAAUUGAUUGAAAAACGAAAGAAAGGAGGAAAAACACGAACGGACCGACGACGACGGAGUGGCCACUGCGCUGCUGCUGCGCUUCUGCUGUUGAGAGUUUAUCCUGUGCGAAGCAGCGCGUCGAGGAAAACGAGAAGAAGCAAAAUAUACAUAACGUUGCCCUUUUUCCGCGUGUGAGCGUGUGUGUGUGUUUGUGGAAAAAUCCUUAUUAUCCUUUCGCGAGUUCGGAUUAUGUUCGUUUUUUUCGGGUGUGCGAGAAGAAAAAUUGUCAUUCUACGAAAGCAAUAGGGUUUGAGGAAAAAUCGAAAAAUUGCAUCUCUGAUAUUGUUCAUGCUUCCUCCCUCCCUCCCACAACCAUGCAUCGGGUGCGAUCGAGUGAGUCUGUGUGAGAGUUGUGUGUGCCUGAAUCUGUCCGUUUUUGCUUUUGUGCCCCCUUCUCGCUACUGCUGCUGCUGCUGAUGUUGUAAUACCAAGCAAGAGAGUGCACUGAAGAAGCCUUCUCUACACUAAAGUGUCCUACUAAGUUAAAAAGAAAGAAAGAAAAAAAAAUAAGAAGAGCCAUUUGCCUAAAUAAUCAAGUGUGUCACACUCGAAAUCAAGUGUGCGUGCGAGUGCAAAUUUGCCUUCUCAGUGCGACCGCGAGCGAAAGCCAGUGUCGAAAUCUAGUGUGAAUCAGCGGCGGGCGUGGAUUAAAUAAUCACCUUCCCGUUUGUGCGACCGGGUAGAAACAGUUCGCCACGACGUCGACCAACAGCAGCAGCCAACCUCCACCGACAGCAGCAGCAUCAGGAGGCGGAGGAGGAGGAGGACCAUCAGGGCCAUCAUCCGGAAGCACCGCGAAGGGAGGGGGUGGAGGUUCGCGACGACGGUCCCGCAGCCAAGUGCCGAACAGCACCGCUACCGCCGCCGCCAACACCACCUGUGCUAGCCGGCGUAGCAGCAAAACGGAUUACGCGCGACGCCGGAGUCCUCCCUCGUCCGCCACAGACGAAUCGUCCUCGUCGCUACUGCUGUCGGUGUCUGCCGGGGGUCGCACGGCUGCGGGAGACGGGAGUGCCGCCAUUGACCGGGAGCGUGAAAGCGGAGGAGGAGGCGGCGCCGGAGGAGGUUCGGCCACCAGUCAUCAGCACCAUCCACACCAUCCGCCGGAGUCGUCAUAUGAGAAGAGUCACAACAUGGCUUCGUCCAAUCACCGCGGCAUACAGAUCGGCUCGGCCUGGUUCCAGCGGAAGAUCAACCUGCGACCGCAGCACCGGGGCGUCCACCUGGUGACGGAGGAGAUCCUGCGACAGAUGCCAGAGCUGGGACAGUUUUCGGUCGGAUUGUGUCACGUGCAAAUUUUACACACGUCAGCUAGUUUAGCGUUAAAUGAAAGCUGGGACCCAGACGUACGGGACGACAUGGAAAUGAUGCUAAACAAGAUUGUGCCGGAAGGACUACCGUACCGACAUUCCUGCGAAGGUCCGGACGAUAUGCCCGCCCACGUGAAAGCGUGCUUUCUCGGCAGCUCACUGACAAUCCCGAUCACCGACGGCAAACUGUCUCUCGGCACGUGGCAGGGGGUGUGGUUGUGCGAACACCGUGACCACGCCGGCUCCCGCAAGCUGGUGAUAACGCUGUCCGGCUGCCCCCGGGACUCGGCCCGGAGUCCCCUCUCGCCGGUCUCGCCAAUCGCGUCCACGUCCAGUUAGGGACGGCCACGCUCUGCCCGCGAUAGUCGGUAAUCGUGGGUUAGAGCGGUACGCACACACAGACACACAAACAAACACACACACACACUGCGGUCUCUGCUACUGUUGUUGUAAGUUUCAUAUACUACCAGUAAGAGUCAUCAAAACAAGGGUUAGCAACGACGACGAAGUCGUGCGAAUUAAAAAAAAAACGAGGACUCGGAUGAAAAACCUAUACAUAAUUAUGUUAAUUAUAAAGUAACAUGGACAACAACACACGCAGAAAUAAUCAAUGGAGAAAAUUGAAAGCAGAUUUUAAUAGCCAGAAAGAAAAGUGGAGGGAGACGAAAAAGCAGAGUACAUACUACUAAUAAAGCUAACGAUUCAUUUAGACACACACACACACACUCGAAACGCGAAAGCUGAAGAGAACAUCAAAAGCAGAAUAUUUAAUUUACAAUUUAUAUGAGACAAAAAUAGUACAUAGAUAUAACAAAACAUAGAAACCGCUAAACAAAUUUCGUAUAAAACGCAAUGAAAAUAGCAUUUAAGAUGUCUACUUGAAGGUUAAUAAGCAAAAAGCAAAAACCAGAAAACGUCUCGGAAUGAACUAUUUUUUGCCCAAUAGUGGAAACAGCAAACCGAUUUGUUUUUAUUUUAAUGCCACAAUCGAACUACCAGAACUCAAACCUAGAACAAUUAAACAAAACAAGAGAAUAGCAAAGAAACCAAAACCACGGUUAGUUGUAGGAAUAUGUGAUGUUUUACCUUCUUUUUACAUUAUUUUCACAACGGAAGUUUUUUUUAGUUUGAACCGCCCCCUCCGCAAACAGUUAGAGCUAAUAGGCUGAACAAAACGUGAAACACGAAUGCACAAAACGCAACAUAUAGAAGAAAUAAAAAAAGAAAGAUUAAAUUAAACGUAAUAGAAUUAACAAAAAAUGAAAAACAUCAAAGCCAUAAGUCCGCGAGCGUUUUCGGCGCUAGAAAAGAUUCAAUUUUUUCAUCAUCACCUAUCACACUACUCUAUCUAUCCGUAACUGCGCUUUCGACGUGUGUUAAAAGUACAACCUCACAGUUUUGUUCUAUCAUGCUUCUGUUGUUAAAUAAAUUUGAUUAUUGCAGAAUGAAAAUCGUUUCGUUGCUUCCUGAAACACCAUCACAGCUGUUAUCAAGUGAAAUGUGUUUCUUUUUGUUGCAUUUUUGUGUUGUUAUCUGUAGCGAAAAUGUUGUUAUUCACGAUGAGAGAUCAUGUUGUUGAAUUAGCUGUUUUGAAAUCGUUUUACUCAAUUCGAAUUUUUAAAGUCUGAGUGGAUAGCUGUUUUUUUUUAUAUUUUCGUGUGAUUCUAUGAAAACACAAACAAUACAACACUCCUUUUAAAUCGUAAUGCUUUGAAUAGUAAUGCUUUUUCAAGAGAUUUUUAUUUCUUGGUUUGCGAAACAAGUAUUUUGAAUAGGAAACUACAGAUUUUUUAUUUCGUCUUAUCAAUUUUGCUAAAUUAAAUAAAAAUAAUUUAGUUUUAUUUGUGUACAAAGUUUAAAAGAACCAGCUUAAAUUCCGAGUCUCUUCAACCAAAAUAUUUGUUCUCAGUGAUUUUUGUUCCACUGAAACUAAAUUUGUCUUAUGAUUAUCACAAUUUUUAGCUACGUUCGUUUGUAAAGUUGAGAUUUAAACGCUAACUUUUCAAAUUCCGUAAUGAAAAAAAGCUUUCGUGAGACACAUAGUGUUCUAUGAAAAGCUAGCGUCGUUGUGCAAUUUUGAUGUAAUUUUACCAAAACAGUUUGUAAAAAUUAAAUUACUUAGAAAAGGUCAAAAUUUUAAGAGUUUCUUAUGUAAAAUUGCACUCACAAAAUCAUGAGCGUUUUGAAAUUAUUGUUUCUUUCCAUGUUAUUUUAAUAUUUAGACAUUAUUUUAUUUUAAAAAAAGCCAUUCAAAAGAAGAUGUAAAUUGUGCACCUUCAAAUUUUGAACUCGAUAGUUGUUUUUUUAUUAAAAUUUAUUACUUUGUCUUGUGCGAAUUGCGAAUUGUCUUGUGCGAAAUUUAUUCAGCUUUCCAACAUAUCCAAAUUUUGUAAAUUUGUGUUGCUUUGUUUUUGUGAGUUUCAGCGUAGUCAGAAUUUUUUUUGAAAGCAAUGUUCAAUGAAAAGUUAGCGUCGAUGUGCAAUUUUGAUUGCAAUUUUACCUUAAUUAAUUUGUAAAAAUUAAAUUACACGGAAAAAGUUGAAAAUUUGACCCGUUUUUAUGUAAAAUUACACUUUUUUCUGAUACCAAAUCACUACAUAUGUUUAUUUUACAUCAAAUAGUGUGUAAAUUUACAUGUACGACGUCGACAAUUUCACAUCGUUCAUGUAAAUUUACUCACUAUUUUCUUCCCAUGUAAUUUUAAUAUUUACUCAUAAUUUCGACACCAUGCAAGCACUUCUGCAAAAUUGAACGCAAGAAAGCCUAAGCGAGCGAUCUUACUGAGUAGUUCUGUGAGGACUUUCAGGUGUGGAUGUCGCGGAUUUCAAAAAAUUGCUCAAGGAGGACCAUAAUCCCAUAACCUUGAUGUUUCCAAUACAAAGGGCAUCAAACGGAAGGGUGUGGCCGCUUUCCCAACCUCAUGAAGUUGGUUCCACACCAAUGGUGGACCUAGUUGCAGUAGCGUCAUCUGGAGCGAAUUGGGACAGCUGUUUUAGGUUUCGAAUCAAACAGACACAGAUCAACAAAAAUAGUGUGUCGAUUGCCGAAUUGCAUAUGCUUUCAAGUGCUCUCAAACUUGUCGUCCCGAUUCGCCCCAGAUUACGGUAUUGCCUUGUCCUUCUUCAACUACAGAAUGUCCAAGAUUGAAGAAUGUUUGUCAGAUCCAAGUCUCUGCAAUUUUCUAUACCUUACUCAAAUUACAAUAUUUCAAAAGGGUCGAGCUCAAAAUUGUGACAAUUUGAAGAAAAUCUGAAUACGGAUUCGAAUUCUUUGAAUUUUUCUGUGAAAUCUCGUUUUUGUGUAUCCUCACACGCUUGCCAUCUGACACAGUCGCAGAAAUUUGCUUUAUCAUUUCCUCCACAGUUUGCGCACUUUGCGCGCGUUCUGCGGUGCGAGUUUUUUAUUUAUUCUUUUUUUCGUUUCGCAUUUAAACACAACCGCGCAUUCACAUUACGGAGUAAGCAAACAAGAAUUUAGGAGAGGAGCCUUUUCCUGCCACACACAAACAAAAUUGGACUAACUAUUUAAGUGAUGAAAACCCAAACAACAUUUUUCGCGCACUCUUAAUCACACACGCAGCAAUGUCGCUUGAAGAGGAAGAAAAAGGGGAAAAAAGGUAAAUUAAAGUAAAAUUAGAACAAAAACAAACACAAUAAACAAGCGAAAGCCGCAUGAGGCGCAAAGAAGAAAGAAAGAAAAAACAACCGCAUUAUAGAUGCAACCAUUUCUCGUCCAUCUUUUUCUAUAAUGUAUCAAAUUGUAAACACACGUUUGUAUUUUUUACAAAACAAAAUGAAAAAAAGAGAAUGUUAGGAGAGCGAGCGAGCGACGACACUAGCAGAAAAAAGAGGGGUGUGCUCGCACGAGCAAGGAGGUAAUAUAAAUAUAUUUUGUUACUACCAAUAUAUUUUUUGUAGUACGAGACGAAAUGUGGAACCAACGCAAUAGUUACUAAAAUGCUUGUUAAUUUUUUAAAACUAGAGAGAGAGAGAAUCAGUCGGGACGGUAAAAAACAAACACAGACACACACUUAGAUUGUACUUGUUUCGUCAAAAGUAUAAGAAGCAACACGAGAAGAGCAAUUAUUUAGUUUGUAAGCAAAGGACGAUGACGAUUCGUGAAACAAACUGAGAAAAAAACAACAAGUUAGAUUUUGAACAAUUCCGGCAAAAGGGCCAACCGCGCUAACAUCUAACAAAAAGUAAGAAGAAACUCCUUAGUUUUACGUAGUACGAACGAUUUGGAACAGCAGGAUUUUAUCGUGGGAUGAUACAUUUGGAAACAAUCACACAGUGGACAAAUUGCAAUCCAAGUCUUCCACAACGAGAGUCUUCCCCCUCGUUUUGAAGACUCCAAGUGCAAUUAUAUUACAAAACAAAAAAAUCCGUUUUUAGUUUGUGCGUGCGAACGUCUCUUGAGCUUUUGGGUUAUGUUUCGAACGAAAAAAAAAAAAAAUAGAAGCGAAAACGAUUCAGUUCAGUCACGCCGAAUUCCAACCGCGUGCUGCCCUUUGUAACGAUUCUGAAAGUUGGAAAUAAAAUCCUGCUGCGUCUCAAAUAACUCUUUAGAAAUGGUAACGGUCAAACAACACAAACACACACACUUUACGUUCUACUCUCCGCAACAGAGUUGUCAACCCCGCUCAUUGCAAAACCGAUACCCCGCACUGUAAACCAAACACACAUGAAUCAUCAAACCCACGCAAUCACCCACAAUCGCAUACACACUGAAAAAAAAAAUGCACUGUUGAAAAGUUACACCACGCCCGCGCGCGCUAGAGAGGCUAUCAAACACACAUCAAACUUCAUCACGAAACCGUUUAACGGGUAGUGCGUAGCAAGCGAUUUAGUUGAAAAUUACUAGCGAAAAGGCCCAUUUAUACACUGGAGUGUAAAACAUAAAAAAAUGCGAUAGAAUGAAGAGUAUUUAUCCGUCGACGAGCGAUAAAGCCACGAACCGAUAUUGGUUGAUUUUGCUAAAACAUUUUUGUAUACUAAGGAGAGAAAAAAAAUUACACACACACACAAUGAAAACACGAGUUUCCGCCCCUUUUGUCAUAGAAAGCAGUCAGUGUUUUCUCUCAAAAUUAGAAAAAAGUCACGCACGCAUUCACCAGAACCAGCAAAAAUCGAAUUUCUUGAGAAAAUUUCUAAAGGGAACAAAUCUCCGAGAGAAAUGCAUUUCACAUUUCAAAACAGAGCAAAUCUGGAGUUUUCUUUGAAAAGGUCCAAUGAACCAAAUUUUCAGUAUUUGCUCUUUGGGUGUUUUUUAAUAGCCCUGACUUAAGGCGGUUUCAAAAACACCCAAAAAGCAAAAAACUGGAAUUUUGGUUUAUUGGACCUUUUCAAAAAAAAAAAAUAAAAAAAAAACUCCAGAAAUCUUCUAUUCUCAAAUUCAUUUUUUCAACUCCGUCGUAAAACUCUUUCUUUUCCUGUCAUUUUUGAACGACGAAAAAGCCUACUUUUCUGUACCAAAAAUAACAGAAUCGAAUCGCAAAACUUUUCAAAAUAAAUGCUGAAAAGUUCUACUUUUCAGCACUCAAAUGGGUGCUGAAAAGUUGAGCUUUUCAGCACUUGUUUCGAAAAGUAAUACUUUUCCACUUUUUUAUUAAAAUAACAAUCAAAGGGUUUUUUGGCAUUGCAAAAAUUGUUAAAGAAACUCUUUACAAAACUUGAUUUUUUCAGCACUCUUCGUAUUUAUCCAACUCGGUGAACCUCGUUGGAUAAGUGUACGACUCGUGCUGAAAAAAUCUUUUUUUGCAACUUGUUGCAUAAACUACUACAUAUUUUAAAACUCUGCUGAACAAACCACAGAAAACAGAGCGUUUUACACAAUUUUUCGUGCCGAAACUAUCGAAGUUCACUUGAACCUUUUACACGCGUAUCUCACUAGGGAAACAGCAUCUAAUUCCAGCGUGCCUCUAAUGUUGUCAUACCAGCACGUUGACGUUCAACAGCUCAUAAAACGCGUUUUCAACUGAAAUCGAGUGAUAAAUAAUUCAGCAAGCAAGUUUCUAUUAACAGUUUUACAAAAUAAGUUGUUUAAAGAGUGAAAAUCACCUAAUUGGGUCCUAAAGCCCUCUGUAAAUGUUUAUGUACAACUCUAAAAAACACGACUAAACCCCAUUUCUGAUGAAUGAGUUGUUUAAAGAGUGAAAAUCAGCCAAUUGCGUCCUAAAGCCCUUUGUAAAUGCUUUUGUACAACACUAAAGAACACGACUAAAAACCAUUUCUGAUGACUUUUUUUCAUUUAAAUGCAAAAAAAUAAAUUGACUAGACAAUUUUUUUCGAUGGAUCAACUAUGGUCCCAUUGCAAUGCAUUGGAACGAGCUGUCAGCUGUCGAGCUGUUUUUUCAUCGGCGAAUUGAAAACAUACAAAUAGUUUCCAUCACGGGUUCCAUAGUGCGUUUCGAAACAUGGGAUAAUUUGCAUUACAUGGAUUUACAAUUUGUUGUAAUUUGAGCUUACGUAAUCCUUCAUUACAUCUUCUUAUGAAAUUUUUUAUUACAUUUUUGUAAUUCAGGAUUACACACAAGGAAAUUGAAUCCAUUUCAUUUUUAGUUUAGUGUAAUGUGUUGUGUUGCUUGAAUUUUUAAGUAGAACUUUGUAAUAUUUUGAUCUUAUAAACAUUGAAUGUGGAGAAAUUUACGAAAUACUUUUUACUAUAUAUAUUUGCAAAAGUUAGUUUUUUUUAAAAUUAUUUUUGUUAAAGGGACUUCACACCAUUGUGCAUUCCUCUCUUCAAGGUGUAUAGUGGAAGGGAAAAAAUACAGAGUCUUUUAUCUGGCUAUAUUUAAAUAUUUUUUUACCAUGCCUUUUUCCGUUUAUUUUCUAGAAUAUUUAGAGAAUAAAAUUUUAAGUUUUUCAAGUUUAUCUUCGUCCUCUUCUUCUCGGAUUUUGGAACUUAUCUUAUAACACUUUUCCCUAUAAGAUUUUGCUUCAUCUGUUUCUUCUGCAGCCAACUUUCUUCGUUUUGUUGUUAAUUCGUCAUCUGCGUCCAAAUAGGCCUGUAAGCGCUUCCGGGUUUUGCGAGUGUGCUUAGAAAGCACGGUCUCGAAUCCAUCGUUGGCUUCUUCGUCAAUUUCACUUGUUUGCAUUGCAUGUUGGUCUGAAUUACUGUUGGUGCUUUUAAUGCUGCUGCUUGGCUCAGGUUCAAUCGGUUGUGUACUGCUUUCUUGGUUCACCUUUUAACUUGAAUCCGUACUUUUUUAUUCUUUAGUUGGUGUUUGCAAAGCGAUUUUUUGUCUUUUAUAGUCACUGCUGCAGCAGCAUUAUUUACAGUGAUUGAUUUCGGCGUUGCCUGUUUCAGCAACAUCCGCAGGGUUCAAACUCCAUUUGGGAUUCCUGGGAAGAAGUUAGUGUUAGUGCGAUCGUUGGUGAUGGUCAAAAUUUCGCCGACGCCAUGCUUACGCCUAGAGGUAGGUCAAGCACACGAACUUCCGUAGCGUUGUUGUCCAGGUAAAUCAGGAUUUUGCAACCCUGAUAUACCAGAGGUUUCUCGAUUAUGGACGAGGCCAUUGCUGAGUCGGCGAACUGCAACACGGCUAUUCUUCUUCUAUUGCAUAAUUGCAAUGCUCGCAAGUUUACUUGAAGGUCUGCGAGAUUUUUUUUCUACAGGCUAGGUGGUUGAGUUUGGAGUUGGCAAAAAUCCAGAACCACACUGUUUUUGUCUACGGUGCACAUUUAAAUAAAAGCGACGACGCGCACACAAACUGCGGACUGGCGUUGAGGAUGCGGCUACUUUGCAAGUGGCAAAAGAUAGUGAAAACGCACAAAAAAAAUAAUUUUGAAAAAUAAUGAUGUCAGUAUAAAGUGUCUGUACAGAUUUUUAUGAACGAUUUUUAAAGAAUCCAUGCUGCUUGUCAAUUAUAUAUCUUUUGGCUUGAGCGAACAUUUGGUUGUUUACCAUUGCCUCAAAGAGCUUAGGUAUAUAAGAAAUAAGAGCAAUUCCAAGGUAGUCUUUAACGUCUGAGUUUUUACGGUGAUUUCUGAUUCUACUUUUCUAUUACUUUUCAAAUUGUUCUUCUAUGGUGACUUCCAACAAUCUACAAAUUUCUAAAUACUCAUCGAGUUUUUGACUAUUGUUUUUAUAAGCUUUAUUAGCUUUUAGCUUUCUAUUUUUUUAAGGUUUUUUACUUCCCUCGUAAAUCAUGGCGGGUGUUUGUCAUUAGUACGUCUUUUUCUUCGUGUUGGAAUGCAUUCAUUGAAAAUUUCGUAAAUUAUGCCGUAGAUAUUUGUUUCUCCUUCUAAUAAUGUUCUCCAGUCAACUUCCAGUAAUCUACGUUUUAUUGAGAAAUAAUCGGCUUUAUUGUAACCAGGAUUUUUUUUAAUAAUCUGAACCAUCUGGCCUAUUACAAGUCUUGUUCACAAAAAUAAAAAUUCAGUUUCUGUAUGAUGAGCCUCGUUUUUCCAAAUUGGGUUUUGGCCUCUGUCACACAGCAGUUUUCGAUCUUGUUAGCGAACAGAAGAUCUAUGAAGCGAUUAUUACGAUUUGUACAUGAUUAAUUUGAUUUAGACCAAGAGAAUACAUUUUACCGAAAAAUAAUUGUUAUCUUUCACUUUCACCUAAUAUGGGAACCAAAAUAGACUCGUUAUCGUCGUCAACCAAAAAGUCAACCGCACCAACUGAUUGUUGAUUUUCAUUUGAAUUGAAUUGAAUUUCAUUUAAACUAAUACCCUCAUCGGUACUACAAUCCUGUUCUAAAGUAGAGGUAGGGACAGUGGGGGCAGAAUAGGCCACCCUUGGUUUUGGGCUUUAGAAUGGAUUUAGACCAAUUGUAUGGCAAGGAUCUUAUAAACGACGUCAAAUAACAUCACCAUAUCGAAAACGACGUUUAAAUUCAUUGUAUUUUUUGAAUUAUGAGCAAAAAUUUAUUGACAAAAUCACGCAAAUGUUGUUUAUUUUAUGGUUCUUAAAUAAGCUUCCUCGAAAUUUAGAUUGUUUGAAAAAGCCAGGAGCUAUUACGAAGGUAAUCAAACAACAACUGAACCUUAAAAUCAUUUAGAGGCUUGAUGGUGGAAAUGUUAAAUUAAAAUCCACUUGCGGGCAGAAUGGACCACCCUUAUUCUGCCUUAUAAAAACAAUCAAAAGUUACGAAAUUUUAACUAAAUGGAUUAUUUCACUUCCGGUAGCUUCACAAAUAAAGUUUAAUGCAACAUUAGUUGAUUUUUCAGUUGUUUUGAUGCUUAUUUGUAAAAAUAAUGUCUUAUUACAACAUAUUUAGACUAUUUUCAAAAAUGUUUGUUUGGGUAAGUGUUUUAUAAAAGUGGUCCUCCCACACCCUGGAAAUGUAGUCGAUAGAACACAUUUUUGUUAAAGUGCAUUGAAAAUAGUUUUAAUCUAAAAAUUUUCAUCAACCAGCCUACUACACUGAAUUUUUAAAUUUGUAUGUUUUUCUAUGAUUUUUGGCGCAUUUUACUUAGGAGGGCCAUUAGUCACAGCCCGAAAAGGACCUAAUAAAAAUUAAAAAAAAAAGUUUAAAAAAUGAUUGAUCUGUGACAGGAAAUCGAACCGAAUCAGCAGAGAGAGGGAGAGAGCUCUAAAAAAAAUGUAUAAAGAUGCGUUUCUUUCGGGGAGACUUUCUCGAUAUUAUUUUCUCGCAUUAAUAAAAUCUCUAUUUUGCAUAGUAGCUAGAAGCGGUUUUAUCAAAAGCAAUCAAUCAUUUGCAAAUAUAUUUUUAAUGCAUUCCAGCAGAAAAACCUUACAAAAACUAUACAGAGAAAUGCGUAAAACAUGCCGUCGCAACUAUACAUUCGAAGAGGCGGUGAAAUCGAUAUUUAGGAUAUUUUCAAACAAAUUGUUUUGAACGCGCAUUUCUGGAGUUAUUUUUUUAAAAAAGGUCCAAUAAACCAAAUUUCCAGUUUUUGCUUUUUGGGUGUGUUUCAAACUGCCUUGAGUCAGGGGUAUUGAAAAACACUCAAAAAGCUAAAACUGAAAAUUUGGUUUAUAAGGCUUUUUAGGCCCAGUGAAAAAUAUAUAAUUUAACUCAAAAAUGAAAAACAAUGAUCGAGCUGUAGCUGUCACAGCCCUGCGAAGUAUGUUGGCUGACAUAUCGGGCAGUCAGUCAAAAAAACCAGCUAGAAGUCGCCUGACAAUUUUUUUUGCUAGAAAGAGAUAGGAAACCUGAUGCAAACAAACGUCCAGCUGUCAUGUAAACAUACUUUGAAUGUGUUGGUAAAUUUCUGACUAGAAAGCCUUAUUGGACCUUUUCAAAAAAAAAACUCCAGAUUUGUUUUUCAAAGAGAGCCACCUGCAGGUGUUGAGUUCGUGCGAAAUACAUUAAUGUCCAAUUUGUAUGGCUCAAUAGCUAGAUGAAAAGUAAUUCUUACAAAAUUGCAAAAUAUCUUAUUUCUUUGAUUAUUUUUGUCAUUUCAUGCUUGCAAAAUAAAUAAAUUGAAUGCACGCUCUUUCUGCUCCCAAUUUUGCAGCUCUGAAGUUUUUUUUUUGAAAAAAAAAAUCAGUUUUUGCUUUUUGGGUGUUUUUUAAUAACCCUGUUUCAAAAACACCCAAAAGCAAAAACUGAAAAUUUGAUUUAUUGGACCUUUUCAAAAAAAAAACUCCAGAGUUGUGGUGUGAAAACAGAAAAGGAGAGGAAGUGUUGAAAAGGGCUAUUGGACAGAUCUUCAAUUUUGCAAGAAUGAGGAAAUACCUUGCGUAACCUAUUUAAUAAGUUUGAAAUAUUUUCGAAAGUUUACUUUUUUUCUUAAAUUCUAGCCUAAAAAUAGGUUUAAAUUAUCACAAAAGUACACCAAGUCCGCAACCACAUGGCUUCAGGGUGACGCAACUUUAAAAGUAAACUCACCAAGACACACACGUACACGUCCGAAAACGUAAACCAUCAUCUGUAGCAAACAAUACCUUAAAAAACGCGAAAAGAAAAAAAUAGCAGCAACAACAAAAAGAACCGCACAGAACUCGGUAUUUUUUAGAAAAGGCAAAGAAAUUGUCUUCGAUAGAAAACAAAAAAAAGAGAGAAAGAAUAGAUAACGCUUGCUUCAUAUAUUUGCUUUCAAGUUGACACAGAAAAAAAAAGUAAAAAAGAACAAAAAAAUAUUUACAACAGAAUCACCUAAUGAAAGCAAACAAAUAAAAAAGCUGCAACGUUCGAAAGGCUAAAACAAAACAGAAAAGAAUAAAAGACCGAACCAAUAGAAACCAACUAGAUGAGCAAAAUGUUUAACGCAAAAUUUUAGCGCAAAAUACAAAAAAAAAAACAAACACUAUGAAUAGCAAAAAAACAAAACCGAUACCAAAAAUCUAUGGAUACAACAAACAAAUGACAAAAGAAGACAUUCUCUAGACAGCGCAGCAGCUAAAAACAGUAAACAAUAGAGAGGGAAACCCAAAUCUAGGAAACAGAGCCCGCGAAGAUGGUAUUUUUGUCUCUUUUAAGUUUGACCAAUUAAUACCAAACAACGCCGCCGGAAAUUUCAAGGGUUUGACGGUUCUAGCGAAAACAAAAAGUCCACAAAAAAAAAAUAAAAGAACGUGAAAACGUCGGGGUACGAAUUUUACGAAAGCUAGCGAAAACGGAACAGAAUACAAAAAAAAAACAAAAGAGGGUAAGCAAAAGAAACAAAAACAAUUCAAUGGAAUAAAAGUAGUUAAAAUCGUAAAAAGAAACACACAAAU